AGCCUUACUGAGCAUGCUCCAUGGAUGGAGCAGAGUGAGAAAGGAUGAGGAGAACUGAAGGAGCCAAGCAGUGCAGGGAAGCCAAAGCAGCUCCAGAGGAAAGAAGCUGGGACUGACGACACAGAUGGAGCGUGACUCUGGAAUACAAAGGGCUGGAUUUACAGGCCCCUAUUAUCAGGAGGGAGACGUCGUUUGAUGAGGAGCUGUCACAGCGUGGAGAUGUACGCUUUUUAUUCCCUUUUAGUCUACAUCUUCUACACUGUCUUCAGGAAGGAGGACGAGGAAGAUGCCUUAGAGGGGGCCUCUAGAGCUUCCCCAGAUGAGCCAGGACCUGUUUCCAUGGAAACAAGGAGAAGAGAUGGCCACGCCCCCAGAACAGGAGAGAAAUCUUUUGCUGGAUUAAGUGAAUCAAGCAGCAGCAGUGAAAGUGAUGAGCUGAGUGAAGAAGAUGAGGAUGAUGGAACAGAUAUCCCUGCAUGCACACCACUGGCGGCAUUUUUGUCCUUUAAACAGGAGGCUGAGAAGAGGAGAGUCUCCCAAGUUCAGAUGGAGGCAACAGCCAAGCUGGCGGAGUCUCCCCUUGUGGCAGUGAUGUCCCACUUGCUAAGCUUUCUGGAGCAGUACUCCCACUUCCAGCAGCUGCAGCAGCAGGCCGACCAGUACAGGGUUCAGCUGAAGAGGCACCGCGUCCAGCACCGCCGUCAGAUGAAGGCUCUGCGGGCCUCCUACCGCCAGCGCAUCAGGGACAAGAACAGCAUCAUAAGUAGCCUGGAGGAGGCCAUCAGUCAGCAGCAGAGUCUGAGCCCAAUGAGUGAGGGUGAGUCCAGCUGUGACGUAGCGACUCCUUCUGGUGUGCACAGUCUGGUGGAGUCUCUCUGUGGGCUGCAGGGUGAGAGGAGUAAACUAAGAGGAGAGCUCCGCCUCCUGCACUCACAGCUGGAGCAAAAAGAAAGAGACAGACAUACCAGAAUCGAGGCCUUUCAGCACCAGAUUGAUGAACUAAAGAGCUGCAUAGAGGAGCGUGAAGAGGAGCUGUCGAGACUGAGAACAGCCACUGGGGCCACAGACUCAGAGAAGCGUGUGCUCUGUCUGUCAGCUGAGAACGAGAGCCUGAAACAGAACCUGAGCAUUACCCAAGGCCUCCUGCAGCAGCUCUCCGCCAUCCCAUCUCAGUCCAGCAACAUGCUCAUCAAGGAGAAUGAGAACCUUCGUGGCAGAGUUCAACAGCUGGAGCUCUCCCUGCAGCAGCGGGCGGAGCAGCUCACACAUCUGGAGAGAAAAAGUGAACAGAGAGAGUGGAGGAGAGGAGAGGAGCUGAGAAAACGUGAAGACAGGGUGCGAGAGCUGGAGCUGGAGCUUAAUAAAGAAAGAGGCAAGGAGCCAGUUGUAAAGUAUGUCACCCAGACAGUGGAGGUGGAAUCUCCAGCCACAGUCAAACAGCUGACCAAAGCCAGGCAGAAGAAUGAGGUUCUGUCUGAAAGGCUGUCCAAUCAGAAUGAGAGGUGCAAACAGCUGGAGGAACAGAUCAGGAAGUCAGAUGAAUAUAGCUGCAACUUGCAGCACAAGAUUGCAGCAUAUGAACGGGAGAUUUGUAAGCUGCGAGAGGAACUGCUGAAGGAGAUUGGCCACUUGGAGGAGAGGAAAGAGGAGGCUGUGAAGGCUGCUGCCAGCUGCUCUGCUGAACACUUCCAGAACCUUCAGGACCAAUUCUUCACUUUGCAGAAGCGUCUUACAGCUCUCCCUCCAACCCUGCGCUCCAUGAAAACAGACUACGCCAGUCUAAGGAGUCAGGUUCGAAACUUCUCUGACUUUUAUGGUGCAGCGAUCAAUGAAGCCAAGAAGCAGAUUUCAGCAGCUAUCAGUGAGAUGUCUGAAGCCAACAAGGAUCUUCUGGAGAAAUACAGGAAAGAGGUGGCCCUGCGCAGGAAGUUACACGAGCAGCUGGUGGAGCUGAAAGGCAACAUCCGUGUGCUCUGCCGGGUGAAGCCUGUGCUGAAGGAGGACCAGCACGAGGAAGGUCAGUCUGUUGUUGUGACGACGGACCCCAACAACGAGUCCUCCGUCACUGUGAUGAGCAAGGGAAAGAGUCGCAGCUUUGAGCUGGACAAGGUCUUCCAGCCUCAUGCCACACAGGAAGAGGUCUUUCAGGAGAUUGAACCUCUUGUGACGUCCUGCAUUGAUGGCUACCAUGUCUGCAUAUUUGCAUAUGGGCAGACAGGCUCUGGAAAAACCUACACCAUGGAGGGCACUGUGGAAAACCCAGGAAUUAACCAGCGAGCUCUGAAACAUCUCUUUAGUGAGAUCGAUGAGAGAAAGGACAUGUGGUCUUACACAGUCACAGUCAGCUCUGUGGAGAUUUACAAUGAGGUGCUGAGAGAUCUGCUGAGUAAGGAUGGGGAGAAGUUGGACAUAAAAAUUAACCCAGAUGGAACCGGACAGCUGCAUGUACCAGGCCUCAGGGUUAUAGAAGUCAGGAGCUUUCAUCAUAUUAAGAAGAUUUUAGCUACAGCUCGAAGGAAUAGGAUCACCUUUGGGACCCAGAUGAACCAGCACAGCUCACGUUCCCACGCUCUGCUGUGCGUCACUGUCCAGGGUACUGACCUCGCCUCUGGAUCUAAAACCACAGGUAAGAUGAACCUAGUGGACCUGGCUGGCUCUGAGAGAGUGUGGAAGUCUGGUGCUGAAGGAGAGAGGCUGAAGGAGGCCCAGAACAUCAACCGCUCUCUGCUGUCGCUCGGGGACGUCAUUCAGGCUCUUCGGGGUCGGCACACUCACAUCCCCUUCAGGAACUCGCGUCUCACGUACUUAUUACAGGACUCCCUGGGUAAAGGCAGCAAGACUGUCAUGGUGGUGCAGGUUUCCGCUCUGGAGAGCAAUGUGGGAGAGACGUUAUGCUCUCUGAAGUUUGCUCAGAAGGUGUGCAAAGUGGAGCUGGGACCAGCAGCCAGGAAAAUCGAAUCAGGUGUAGGGCCAUGUGAUUGAGGAUCCUUGAAUGCAUCACAGAUUCCCGUUACAGUACUUGAGAAAAAGUAUUCACAGCCCUUCAGAUCUUAACGUCGUCAUGUUACAGCCCAAAUAUAUUAUGCAUUUUAUUAGGGUUUUUUUUUUAAUAGACAGUAUAAUUUUAUGCAUUGUUGUGGAAGUUGGUGAAAAAAAGGUUUUUAUUUUUAUUUUCUUUAACAGGUAGAAAUGUGGGUCAGUUUUCUUCCCUUCUAUAAAGUUCUACACUAUAAAGAACCAGUUUCCAUUAAAUUAACGGUGCAAGUCUCACUCAAGUGGAGAAUAUUUAUGAACAUCAGUUUUUUAAAUAAUAUACAGAAGUUAAAUUAAACCAUUUGGCUACUGAUUAUGAGACUUCUAAAGGAAAAAAAUCAGUACAAGGUUUUAUUUUAUAAAAGUUGGUUGAAUACAAAUGCUUGGCACCUGUUUGAGAUGAUUUAAAGCUUUAACCCCCCCCCCAUUUCUAAAGCUAUUUGCUUCUAUGGGUUUGUCACCUAAAGACCUCAUAGACUAUGUUAAAGUUCAUGGUGCUAGUAUUAAAAACUUUAAAGGGUGUAAAUACUUUUCCAAGUCCCUAUCAGCUUUACCCUACAGGCCAAUGUCAACUGUAAAGUAUCAACAGGAUCAGAAGUGAACUCGACCAAGGGCUAAUUCUAUGGAGGUCUGCGUUUUAAGGUCAACUAGUGAUCCUGUCCAUCAUGUUUAAUUAAUAAUCCUUUAUCAUUAGUUUACCUGCAUGCAGUCAGGAAUAGUUGUUCUGGCUCCCUGAAGGCCAAGGCAUCCUCCGAGUCUGGGAUGAAAAACCUGUUGCUUCCUUGAACCGCUGUGUAAUCCCAUGAUAUUGAAGAUUCUGGGAUUAAUCACAACCUCAGUGAUCAUCACACUGUUUAGAUUUAGUCACAAAGCCAGCACUUUAGUUCAUGUACCCUUCAUCAGCCGUUCUGCUAAUACUCUGUAGUUUGUGAACAUCGUGCUGAUGAGUCCCGAGGUCGUAGAUUUGUAGAAGCUCAGCUAUGAGCUGCAGCUGCUUUAACAUUCAUUUAUGUUGUUUUUGUGAAUUUACCAAACAGCAGUGACUGAAUGCUUUGAUUUGCCUUGAUCAUUUGCCUUUGCAGACAAGAGCAAAUGUGUUGUUUUUUUUUUUUGAGGGGAGCUAGAACCGUUUACCGUCUCCCCGCAGAGAUGCUGUGGGCCUAAGUAGAUAGAAGAUGCACUUUAUUGUGAAAGAGCAGCAUUUCAGUUCAGCUGGCAUCUGAGAUCACGCGUGAAAAUUGCAGUUUUUUUCUGUAUGUCCUCUUUAGUUCUUUCAUGCACAGAAUCAAACUUUGUUUUUGAUUCUAACGUAGCAAAACAUUAUGUAGCAGUUCCUAUCAGGAGCCUUUAGAGGUCAUCAGAUAGAGUGAAUCUUCAGGUAAUUUUCUGAAUAAAUGUGUAACUUAAA